GGCACACAAAUGAAGGACGGGUAAAGGAAAACCUUUAUGUUCAUUUGGCCCGCCGAUCCGCGGGGGAGAGAGGAUUUGCAGGAGAAAUUGAUUGAGGGAGUCAGUGAGGGAGUGACUGAGUGCUUGCUUCUGUGGAGAGGGAGGACGACAUGAGCCGGAAAAGAGAGAGACCCGAUUACGGCUCCCGACAGUAUGUCUCCUCUUCUUCAACUUCGACUUCUUUCCGGAGAUCCAAGAGGGCUCGUCCCUUUCAUCCCCACCAGUCUAAUGGCAGAGCUGAUUCAGGAGAUCGUCUACAGGAGCCCACCACCACUACCACCAACGACUCCAAGCAGAGCUCCCCUGCGGUGGUUGUAGUGACUGGUCUCGACCAAAGCUGCUCCGUUCUCGACCUCAAGUCUCGUUUCGAGAUGUAUGGCAGCAUCUCUCGCCUCCGCAUUGACCGUGGUGGACUCGGCUUCAUCACCUUCCGUUCCAGCGACUCCGCUGCCGCCGCCAUCAACGCUUCCCUCGAUCCCUCUUUCCCCAUCACCGUCGAUUCCCGGAAGGUCCAGGUAUCUUGGGCAAAUGAUCCUUUUCCUCAGUGGAGGGAAGGAGUUGGCCUUUCUUCUAAGGAGGAGCGGCCCUUGUCCAAGUUGCUGCGUGCUGAAGUACCUCUCAGGAGACAUGGCAGAGGCAUUAAACAGGGCAUGGGUACGGUGAGUCCUAGAAACGGGUUAGACAUGCCUUACAAAGGCAGGGAAAUCGUUGCCUAUGAUGAUCUUCUCUAGUUUGACUGAUACUUUGAGGGGCUCCCUUGUUCCAUUACAAAUGAUACUUUCUCAAAGCUACAAGAACCAAAAUAUGCAUACAUGGCACUGAUGUGCCAGAAAGAUCAAGAACCUGUGAAUGCGAUUGUAUGUGGCUUCACUUUUGGUUUUCCUGAUGUUUAGAGAUGCUUUUAUUUACGACCAGAUUCUGUCAUGUGUGGUAUUGGUAAAUAUCUAAGUUAAAUUCUUGCGGGUGUAGUUCUUGAUACUGGUUCUGUGAAUUUAGAGAAUGCUGUAACUGUGGUAUGCUUAUUAAUGAGCAGGAUACUUUUUCAAUGUGUUAAA